UUCCUAUAAAAGCCUUUCCCUCUUCGAAAUUUCUCUUCGCACUUCGUCUCAUUCUUUAAUCUCUCAGUUCAAAGUUUCUCGAUCAACUGCUCCUAGAAUCACAUCUACAAUGUCAGGAAAGCCUAAUUUGAAUGUCCCAGUCUCCAGGACUCACGAAGAACUGGAUCACAAGAAUCACGAAGAAGAAGGUUCCAAGAAUCCCGAGGAAGGUUCUGAGAAUCAAGUUGAAGAAGGUUCCAACAUUCGCGAGGAGGAAAAUCCUAAGUCUCGCGAAGAAUAUUCCAAAAACCUCGAAGAGAAAGACUCCAAGAACCAUGAAGAAGAGCAUUCGAAGAAACACAAAGAGAGUCCUUCCAAGAAGAAAGGUAAAAAAGAUAUGAAGAAGAAGCCAAAACCUGAGAUCGAUGAGACCCUUAUUCAAAUGCGUGUCAGAAAACUUACUGAGUCUUUGCGUCAAGGAGAGAUCGAGCGAGCAGAAUGGGUUUCUUCACAGAUGACAAAGUUGCUUGAGGAAGAAGCUGAAGUGGAUAUUGAAUAUCUAAAAAGGUCAUUUCCUGAUAUUUCUCGAGAAUCCCUUAGAGAUAUAUACAAUUUCAAUUGUGGUGAUCUGGAAGAUGCCAUGGACAUGCUCAGUAUGCUUGAGAGUAAUGAAAUGCCGGAUAUGGAUAAUCCUGUGGCAGCAGAUGAUGCUUCUACUUCACCAAAAGAGAAGGAAGCUGAAAAAUAAGGCAGUGCUUCACCAAAUCUCAAUAAAGCAAUCAGCAAGUGAAUAAAUUUGUAACUCACUGCAGCAUAAGUGUAAAUGUAGGAAACUUUAUCUUUGACAGAACACAUCUAUGGUUGUUUUUUGUUUGUUUACUUCUCAGCUGGUUGAAUAUUAUUUUGCUUUUGGUAGCGAAAGUGUUAAAUUUUUGAUCGGAUUA